AUGUCAGUAGAUGCCGAAAUUACUAAAAUAAAUGAAGGCAUAGCGAAAGUGCAGCUGGCGCUUUUCAAACUUGACAAUCAACUCGAUGGGAUACUUCAGAACCUCAAUGGAAACCUUGGCGAUUUUGAUAACGGGGUUGACAAUGCCGUCGGAAAGGUCAACGGCGUUGGACAGGACAUCAUAAACAUAUUCAACCACUUUCCCGGCAAAGCAGUGUACUACUCGAUACUCGUGAUGAUUUUGGUGAUACUAAACCUGUGUUGCUUGUAUAUGAUUUACUAUAUCUAUCGAUGGGUACUUGAACGUGACUUGCGGUUCGACAAAGAACUGCGGCGGUAUAAAAAGAAAGUAUAUCGACUCAUCGAUGAGAACAAAGUAACUACGAGCCUGGAAAACAUCGAAACUCCACCUCCAACUUAUGAUGAGUACGUGAGGACGGCCGAUUCGUGA